AUGUAUAAGUUUGUUAUUUUGUGCUCUAUUUUUGUUGCUGCAUCCAACGCAGAUGUCGCACAAACACUAACUAAAAGAGAAACUAAAGCUUCUCUGAAACCACUAUCAGUAUGCUGCGAUAUUCCAGAAUUGGCUGAUGAAUUUCAAUUGGCAAAAUGUUCGCCUAGACCUCCUGGACCGUGUGAAGAUGUCCAAUGCAUCUUCGAAGUAUCAGGCUUCUUGACAGACCGGAAUACAUUAAACAAGGCCGCAUAUAGAAGCCAUUUGCAGAAAUGGGAGAAGAAUCAUCCAGGCUGGACUGAUUCCAUUUACAAAGCUAUCACCGAUUGUGUGGACAAUGACCCUAGACAGCAUCUCGAAGUUCCUUGUAAAGCCUAUGAUGUAUUUACUUGCACUGGUAUCGCUAUGUUGAAGAAAUGUCCGGACUCAGCAUGGAAGUGUUAA